UAUACCAUAAACUAUAGGUGAAUAUUGUAUCGGUAGCGUCUUUAUAUGUGCAGGGUUACUUUUAGAAGUUAUCAUAACGAACCACCAAUGUGGCUAAAGCUAGCGUUAGCUUUAAGAAACUUGGCGAGCUAACGUCAAGUAACGCUAGCUAGCUAGCUCGCGAGCGAGACGGGCUUAACGUGGAGUUAGCCAACUAACGCUAACGAGCCAAAGUGAAUGAAGCGAAUGAAAUAACGUCAAUGUGCCUGAUUAUUAGCCAACGGCGACAAGGUAACGAACCAGUUGUAGUAACAUGAUGCGAGCUAAACCCACGAAAUAAGACUUCCCUGUUGAAAUGCUUAGGUUGACGUUAGCUAAUGCUAAGCUAGCGAUUUAUUUCAUGGCUAACGUGAACAAUUUAUUUGUUCACUGUUGGUUUACGUUUUGGCAAAUGUACAAACACUUAACAAGUCUCACGGCGCUUCCACGACACACUCUCGUCUGACAUUAAAUUCGGCAUCAUUUUAAAACGUUAAUAUUAAACAUUGAUUCACGAACCGAACCAUUCUGUGAUCGAAGACUAGCAGCGUUGUGAACGGUUUAGUAGGUCGACAUUUUACCGUGAAAGUCGAGAUAAGUAACUUUGCAAAAUGUGCACGACAGCGGUUAGGCUACCGUUAGAUUGUUUUCAUUUGGCACAUUUUAAUGGAGCCUGGCUUAUAUUCUACAUACUACUGUAAAGUGUCAGCUUGGUGUUAACUUGGUGAUUUCCUGUACCAAGUUGCUGUGGGGCAAUCAUUUCGGCCAUGUUGCCAACUAACUUGCCGGGGACGAGCUAGUUUUGACGCCACACUUGCUAUUUGGUAACAUUUAGCUAAAAUUAGCUAUCGUCGAUGUAGUUUUGUCAGACUGUUGCUAGCUCGUGACGCCAAGAACGUGGCUCUAAGAAACGAGUGUGAACGUCAGGCGCUCGUCAGUUUGAAGUUACAGAUUUAAAAAAAACAUCUUCAUGUUGUAAGUCCGUAUAAAAUGCUCCUCAUCAAACCUUAAAUUAACACUUUUUGCCGGCUACAUCAUCCGGCUAAUGUCGCUAUAUGAGCACUUUCUGUUACACCUUGGCAGCUGUGCUACACAUUAUAAAUAGCUUGUAACUGAAUCCUGCUUUCCAGCCACUCUCAGACUUGCUUACUAACCUACUUGCCGCACUUUUCUCUCUACCCAAAACCAGUCGGACCAUGUUUGUUUCUUUUCAUGAAUACAUGUCUGCGCUAUGUCUCACUCAACAGGAAAUGGAAAGACGGCUAGAAGAGAAGCUAAGGAUCAGCCAGAAAGAAAAGGAGUCCAGUGAUAAUUCCCCACGAUCUCCAUUGAAUACCACCGUGAUGAUACAGGACGACUCUCUACCAGCAGCACCCCCACCUCAGAUACGCAUUUUGAAGCGGCCUGCAAGCAACGGGUCAUUGGGAUCACCCUCGAAUCCGAACAGGCCCACACCACAGGUCAAGUCUCUGGCUCAGCGCGAGGCCGAGUACGCCGAGGCCAGGAAGAGAAUACUAGGCAGCGCCUGCCCGGAUGAGACGCCUCAGGACAAACCCAACACUGACAGGGCAGGGCGCAAUAACUCGACAUUGCCUUCAGAUGACACCCGAUCAAACAAUCACACUGUCCGGCAGCCAGCCGGCCCCGACGGCACCCAAGGGUUCCGACAGCACAGAUAAGGGGGCCCUGGGGCCGCCCAGCCAUUGUGGGGGGAGAGAGAGAGAUCAAGGGCCACCAGAAAGCAACGACAGCACUGUAUUCUUAAAAACGUCCUUCCUUCAGUUCCAUUAUAUCGAAUGGGCCGCGAGUACAGCCGCACUUGCUGCCUGACUCUUCCCACUGUGAGAUCGUGUGGAACCGACGGGAAGCGAGAAACUCGAGGAGGAAUUCAAAUGGAAAUGUGCUCUCUCCUCACUCCAGCCCGGUUGACACUGUGAUAAUGGACAUCUUCUGGACCCACUGUGAUGAUCCCUUUAAGAGACGGCCCUCGCCUCCAUCGCUCUCCUCCCUCAGUGCCCAGCGGCUCCGCCUCAGGACGGCCGCAAGGCAGAAGCAAAGACUUGGACAAAGGAUGGCAGAGAGAGGAGUGACGGGCCAUAGCAAAAUGAGAUGAGCUGCCUCUCCCCAGUAAUAAUACCAGACAUCACCCGUCACAUCUUUUACAUACAUGUUUUUAAUUUUCAGAUGUUGGCUCACAAAAUUAUUUAGUUUUUCUUGCUUGUCUUUAAUUAUCUAUACUAGGGAUGCUCUGAUAUCUACAGAUACACCACCAAGAACCUGUUCUUUUAAACGGUAUUCAUUUUUUUGAGAUUUAAAAAAAAAUAAACAGCAUCUGCAUGUUAAUGAAAUAGGAAUCAUUCAUAUUUUGGUUCAUAUAAAUGACUGUUUUGGUUUGACAUCCUGGGCUGCUGCUUGUGGUGUCAGAUGUGCAGUAAACACACCACCAAAGCCGAGUACUGAGCCGGUACCGGCCCUUUAACUGAGCCGGUACCGGCCCUUUAACUGAGCCGGUAGCAUUAUCAGUGCACCCCUAAUAUGUAAAUUACCAUUUUGUUUUUAAAAACUGAGGCUAAGGAUCAUGUGUGUCAAGUUGUAUAUCUGAUAAGUUCUGUUUACGGUUCGUCUUUUUUUUUAAAUAAGCUUUUCAGCUGUCUUCCUUGGACUGUCGCUUCAUUAUUUCUAUCUAAAAGAAAGAUUGUGGAUUUAAGUCUGUUUUUAAGUAGCUUUUCUGCCUUUUUCUAUGAGAUGGUAGCAAUGUCAGAGCAGUAUUUUAAUCGAAAUGAACCAAAAUCCCAUUUUUAAAAUCAACCUGUAUAUAUCGGUUAAUUCAGAUGUCAUUAUUUGAAGGUGGUGUCGGCAGCAGCUCGAUGGAGGGUCAGUUGGGUGAAUGAAUUCACUGCUGUGCUUCACAAGCCCCUCCGUCAUGUCUCCACCAGCAGGAGAACUCAGGUGCAAGUGAACGAGACGGAAUGAAAUAAACUAAGAUUGUAUUUUUCCAGCGGGUUUCGAUUGCUCAAACAACAAAUGGCUGUAUUUUGGCACUUUGUUAGAAACAGUGCUAUACAGUGAGAUGUAACUGAAACGAUGUCCACGUCCCAAGAUGAAUGAAUGCUGGUUGUUUUUGUUUGGCUGACUGUUGGAAACGGUAACAUCGCCCUGUGUGAUUGUUGGGUAACUGAUGGUCCUCUGCUGGAAUGGAACGUGGAGAGACAGCUGUAUGUGAACCAGAGAGGUAGCGACGGCCCGUAUGACCAGGACCAUUGUGCCCAAUAGAUGAGAUCUCAAAGCCGUAUUCGGUGGUGCACAUCAAUAGAACAGUUCUUACAAAUGGUUGAAUUCAGCUCGUGCCUCCUGUGUCACAUCUUUACUUCCUGGUUGUUUUUGUUCCUGUAGUUAAAUGAAGCUGAAUAUAUCCAGUGGGAGAAUUCACAAUACUGUCUGAGAUUUUACUUCAGGAAAUAAAGCAGCAGAGCAGGAGACGGAUGCAUUUAGCUGAGCUCAGAGUGAGAACUCCAACUGCCUGUAAAUACUGAUUUAAUAAAAUGAUUUGCAAAAAAAA